UUUAUCAAAAAUGGAUGACUCUAAAAAAUAAUAUAGCAAAAUCAAAAAUGAAUUAAGAGAAUAAAUUAUUCACAAGAUUCUAAUUGAAAAAAAGCCAAUAAUAGAUGUAAUAAAAAUUUUUAAUUUAGGUGGCCUAAGAACAUAACAUCUUACAAUCUACCUGUAAAUCUAUAAUUAACACAUAUAUGAGAGAGGGUAGAGUGGGAAAAAAGGAGAGUAGAGUAAGAAAGUUAAAAAAAGUUAUGAAAACAUAUGAGGUUGUACUAAACCCAUUAUAUCCUUAAAUGUCAACAAUUGUUUUAUCCCAAAAAAUAGAAAAUUGUGUGGAAAAAUCAAAGAAAGGGUUAAAAGAGGAAAAUGAUUAAAAUGAGAAAAUUCCUGAAGUAUAAGAGCUCAACAAUUUAUCUAUGAUAUAAUAAUGGUGUGAAUAGAUUCAAAAAUAAAUAUUUUUACUCUCUCAUUCAAAUUAAUUCUUUUAAAGUUCCCCAAAUCUAAUACAGAAAUGA